CCCAAAAAAAAAACAAAAGAGUUGAUUUUUGUGUUAUCUCUCUCUCUCUCUCUCUCUUCCUCUCUAUACGAUGUGUUACGGUUACAAUCAAUCGUUUUCGUCGCGUAACAGUCUCCGUCGCCGAUCGUACGACGGGGAAGAAGAAGAAGAUUCAGUGGUUGACGAUCUUCGAGACCGGCUCGCGGAAACCGAGGCUCGGCUGAGACGAGCAAGGGCGAGAGAAGCUGACCUAAGCCGUAGGUUGGAGCAUAUGAAGAGAUUCGUUUCCGUCAUGGAGAUCAUUGAGACUUUCUUGGAACGGCGAUAUCAAGAACAGAAAGAUCGAAUCGUUCGCCUUUUCUCUCCUGUAUCCACGAAAUAAAUAUAAAAGGAAGGGGGGAAGCAAACAGUCUUCUUCUUCUUCAUCAUCUUGAUCUUUGUCUUCUUCUUUUGUUGUGGGGAUCUCUUUACCUUUUGGAUAUGUUCCCUUGUUUGUUUGUGUUUUGAAUAGUAUCAGUGUUAUAAACGUAAUUGUCAGCAGCAAAUGUCUAAGAAUCUGUAGAUUUUGUUUUGUUGAGAGCACCACAGGGUAAUAUGAAAAGCUAUGUGCAUUAUUUCCA